AUGAUUGUGUCCAACAUAUUGGGUAUACUUCAGGGCGCGUUUGGCAUGUAUUUCAUCGGAGUGUUGAGUACCAUAGAGAAGAGAUUUGGCUUUUCCAGCAAACUAACUGGUCUUAUAUUAAUCGCCGACAACUUUAGUCCCAUAAUCUGCAGCUCAAUCAUCGGAUACUACGCGAGUCACGUGCAUCGGCCCCGACUCAUAGCCCUCGGCAUGUUUGUGGUGGUGAUCGCCUGUUACAUGAAUUCAGUCCCGUAUCUCAUUUACGGCCCCUCCUAUCAUAUGUUGUACAACACGGCGUCCAAUACGACUGAUAAGUACGAGUUUUGUGGCAAGAGUUCAGAUGUGGACACCACUUGUGCCAAAGGCUCCAUGCAAUCCAAUACCCUUCCGGUUGUCAUCAUAUUUUUUAUGGCAAACUUUCUCAGCGGCAUCGGCGGGAAUGCCUUCUUCACGGCUGGGUUUACCUAUUUGGAUGACAACGUCCAUAAGGGACAGUCGGCUAUCUUUCUGGGUAUCACUUAUACCGUUAGACUACUGGGCCCUCAAUUGGGGUAUUUCUUGGCUGGAUUUUGUCUCAAGUAUUGGGAGAAUCCUUUAUUUAACCCAGAGAUCAACCAAACUGACCCUCGCUAUGUAGGCGCCUGGUGGAUAGGUUUUCUCAUUAUAGGGACUUUACUACUAAUCUUCACGUUUCCGAUGGCAUUGUUUCCCAAAAGAAUGCGCGGAAUGACAGUCAAGGGAACGGAAUCUGUGCCUAAAAUCAAAGAAUUUCCCAAAAAAGCCUUAAAAUUAUUCAAGAAUCCAAUUCUGGUGUUAUUUAUGAUCGCAGCUGUGUUUGGAGUGAACGCAGGGUUGGGCUAUUUUAUAUUUAGACCCAAAUAUUUGGAAAGUCAAUUCAGAAAGACCUCAUCCGAAGCCAGUCUCAUCACAGGUACUGUGGGUAUGAUUACGGGCGCGUUUGGUGUAAUUGUGGGCUCAGUAAUAAUCAGCAGAUACCAGCCUAAACCCAAAUACCUCAUCAUAUAUAUGGUUGCACUGAACUACAUAUCCUCGGCCUCCAUGUUCGGCAUGUGGUUCAUGGGAUGUGAUAAUCCACUGAUGGCUGAAACACAACUUAUUGAUAAUAAGCUGAAUCUCGUGAGUGAGUGCAACACCGACUGCGGGUGCUCUACCCGUACGUAUCAGCCGGUGUGUGGGGCGGACGGUCUGUCCAACUACUUCUCGCCCUGUCAUGCGGGCUGUACUCACGAGAUAGGCUUAAACGCGAAUAAUGUGCCCCAAUUUGGUGGCUGUAAGUGUACGGGCGGUGCGGGUGGACAGAUAGUGACCAAAGGCUACUGUAAGUCCGAUUGUUCAUCGUUUAUGCCGUACAUCAGUAUAUCAGCUGCGGAACAGAUGCUGUCGUCGACCUCCAGAGUCGGCGAUACUCUUAUAAUCUUGCGAUGUGUCGAACCCCAGGACAAGAGCUUUGCGUUGGGACUCUUGGGCUCUGUUAUCAACUUAUUGGCCUUCAUACCGGCGCCGUUAGUGUUCGGUGCGCUGACGGACGCGGCCUGCGAUAUAUGGCAAGAGACAUGCGGUCGGACGGGUCAGUGCUGGCUAUACAACACCGACCGAUUCCGACACCUCCUUCACGGCACGGCAUUCACGCUAACACUCAUAGCGACGCUUACCUCCACUGCUAUUAUAUUAUUCUCUAAUCGACUCAAAGAUUUUUAUGGAGAUAAAGAUCAACCAAAUGAUGGCAAAAGUUUCGGUCUCAUCUUAAUCAUACGAUCGCUCAGUAAUGUCGGCCAUAAGUUAUACACGAAAUACUCGAAACCAGACAUUCACAGCAAUCCGGAGUCGCGACCACUGGAGGAGGCCGUGAAUGGCAAAGAACUGGAUGACUAUUGUGACACAAUCUGCCAGUUGGACGAGUAUUGUACGGGUGCUCGCAGCAGCUCUAAGCCAGGUCUGUGUCAGUGCGUGGAUUGCAAUCAUAAUUCAAUCGAU